AUGGUCGACCGAAUGGUUAUCGAAAAAGCACUGGUGUCAUCGCGCGCGACCCAGGUUGACGAAACCACAACGCUGGUUACUCUCGUAGGCGAGAGGGAGGACGCGUCGCACAGCGGAGUCGGCGUGGUGCGACGAGAGACUCUUCUGUUGGCGGGCGACGGGAGAUUAGCGACGCCAGCACAGCCAUCCGUAUCCGCCGCAUCAUUACUAGCAGCAGGGGGAGGGGGAGGACUGGGAGAAGAAUCAGGUGCAAGCAUAGCAGCCAGUGCGGCAGCGGGCGUACCUGCAGUGGCAUCUGCAGGGGAAGGCGAGGGCGUGGGAGCGAGGGGGGGUGGUUCGCUUGAGGAACCGCAUGGGGGGGCGGAGGGAGAGGCCGAGGCGGCUUCCUUUACCAGGUCCAAGCGCAGGGAACGAAGGAAGAAACGGAGUCGAGGGGUGAAGAGAGAGAAGGCGAGCAGCAGAGGCAAACUGGGCUACAGCCACAGCAGGAAGACGCUUGCAACAGCAACCGAUGCUGAGUCAUCAGACAUUCUCGUGGUGUCAGCAGACUCUAGCGCUGAGUCAGCAGACACGACCACUGACUCAUCAAACACAAGCACUGAGUCAGCAGACUCAACCGCAGAGUCAGCAGACUCUCUCGAACCCACUGCUCAGGUGGACAUAGGCGGCCCCGGGUGGUAUACCACCAGCCAGUUCGCCCUGGAGCGGCUGUUCCACGUGCGGCUGCAGCAGUACCCGUGCCUCACCCCCCACCGUGCUGCAGCACAGCUGGUGUAUGUGCCCUACUACCCCGGCUACGAUGUCAAGCGCCACCUCUCCUCCGCGCCCAACUGCUCCGUUACCGACGCCCUGGGCCUCGCUGCACUGGAUGCUGCCUUUACUGCUCACGGGAGUGGUGCUGGUGGCGGCGGUGAUAGUGGUGGCGGUGGUGGGGAUGGGGAUGGGGAUGGGGGUGGGGAUAGUGGCAGUAGUGGUGGUGAUGCGGCGUCCGCCUCACCUCCGCUCCUCCUCCUGCUCGGCCACAUUGCCAUGGAGUUUUUCCGCUUCCCCUACCAGACCUGCCCCGGGCCAGGCUCGGCGCUUCUUCGGGACCCACGGCUGGUUCGGCAGGGCAACGCUGUGAUAGUGGGGAUAGAGGCGUACCCUGAAGGUGUUCCUCUUGGGGAAGCGGAGGGUGAUGAUGAUGAUGGUGAUGGUGAUGAUGAUGGUGAUGGAGAUGGUGAUGGUGAUGGUGGCAGUGAUGGUGGCAGUGAUGGUGGCAGUGAUGGUGGCAGUGAUGGUGGCAGUGAUGGUGGCAGUGAUGGUGGCAGUGAUGGUGGCAGUGAUGGUGGCAGUGAUGGUGGCAGUGAUGGUGGCAGUGAUGGUGGCAGUGAUGGUGGCAGUGAUGGUGGCAGUGAUGGUGGCAAUGAGGGGGAUCGAGUUGAGGAGAUUUGGAAGAAGCUGAAGAAUCAGGUGUAUGGGGAGGAGGAGAGUAAAGGUGGGAAGAAGAUUGGUGAGGAGAAACUAGGGGAGGAGAGGGAUGAUGGGGAGGAGAGGGAUGAUGGGGAGGAGAGGGAUGAUGGGGAGGAGAGGAAUGAUGGGGAGGAGAGGGAUGAUGGGGAGGAGAGGGAUGAUGGGGAGGAGAGGGAUGAUGGGGAGGAGAGGGAUGAUGGGGAGGAGGAGGGAUCGGAUAUGGAGGAGGUGGUGAGAAAGGAGACUGUGAAAGGGACAGAGGAGAAAAGGAAGGUGGAGGAAGAGGGAGGUGAGGGAGAUGAUGGUGAUGCCGAUGCCGAGGAGAAGGAGGCGACGCAGGGAGAAAAAGGGAGGGACAGGCAGAGGGGAGACGAGGAAGAGGGGGAAACGGAGGGGGACAAAGAAGAGGAGGAGGUGGAGGAUGUUGUGAGGCAGGUGUGGGAGAAGCUGCAGAGGAAGGUGUUGGGUGAUACAGAUGAGGGGGUGGGUGAGACGGAGAGACAAGAGAAAGAGGAAGAGGAAGAGGAAAAGGACAAGGGAGGGGAAGAGGAAAAGGAAAAGGGAGAGGAAGAGGAAAAGGACAAGGGAGAGGAAGAGGAAAAGGACAAGGGAGAGGAAAAGGAAGAGGAAGUGGAAGGGGAAAAGGAUGCGGGAGACGAAGACGAAGAGGAAGGGAUAGGGGAGGGUGAGAAGAAGAGAAGGGGUUUGGAGGGAGAGAGUAAAGUAAAGGAGGCGAAAGGGGAGGGUGAGGAGGAGGAAGAGGAUGAAGAUGGUGUAAAGCGAGCUUGGUUGAAGCUGCAGAGAGAGGUGUUGGGUGAUACCGACGAUGAUGGGGUGGGCGAGAGCAUGGACCGAAAGGAGAGAGGAGGAGCGCAAGUGGCGGAUGAGGAAGGGGGAAAGGAAGAGGGGGAAGAGGAAGGAGGAGAGGAGGAGGGGGAAGAUGAGGAUGAGAUGAAGAAAAUGGGGGAAGUAGAGGGAGAGGACGACAGGGACGUGAAGGAGCGGCUCAGUGCAAGCGAGCAGGGAGGGGAGGGCAAGGCGGCAGAGGGCAGCAGUGGUGAGAAGCGGGCAGGGCAGGUCGAGGAGGUGGUGGGAGAAGGAGAGGGAGGCGAGCAAGAGGAGAGCAAGGGAGAGGAAGUAGCAGAAGAGGGAGAUGGGGAGGAGGGAGAAAGAGAGAGGGAUGCAGGAGGAAACAAAGGAGACAUGGAAGAGGGUGUAGAAGAGGAGGAUGAGGAAGAAGUGGAGAGCAGAGAGAGAAAAGCAAGCAAGGGGGAGAAGACGGCUGCUUCAGCAGGGCCCACCUUGCAGCACAGAGGGAAGGUGAAAAGGAGAGCCCUUGGAAGGGAAGGAGGGGGGCGGCGGGAAGAAGGUGGUGGGAGUGAGGCUCAGAGGAGGAAGAACGGCAGAGGGGGGUUGAGGGAGAGAGGGGCGGGAGACAUGGGAGCGGAGAGUGACUCGCUCUUCUGCCUGCAGCCCUGGGGGGACAGCCCCACCCGCCGCUCCUUCUUCGACGCCAUGCUCGCAGGGUGCAUCCCCGUGGUCUUCUCCGAUUGGUCGGUGCAACGGCAGUUCCCUUGGCACUUGCCGGUGCAUGAAGUGGAGCGGAUCGAGUUUGAGGUCGGGGCUUCUGGGGAUGCUGUGUCUGUGUCAUCGUCCCGCUCUCGCUCGUCCCGCUCUCCCCGCAACGCGCCUUUCUACGUCUUCAUUCCAGCCGAAGCCAUUUUGAACGGCUCUGCCAACCUGUCUGCCCUUCUCUCCUCUUUUCCUCCUUAUAAAGUGACUCGCAUGAGGCACAGAAUCAUGCAGCUGCUGCCUCGGCUGCUGUACAGGCGAACGGGGGACGAGGAUGGGGUGGUGAGGAGGGUGAUAAAGAGCGACAGAGGUGAAAGCAAAGAGCAGGAAGAGGAAGAGGGGCUGUCAUGGGGGGGUGAAGGGGAGGCAGGCACAAAUGAGCUAGUGAAUGCUGAUGCCGGUAACGAUGACACAUUCAAAGAUGCUUUUGAUGUGAUUAUAGAGCGGGCUCUUAGCCAUGCUCUUGAGCUGGCCUGGGCUGCACAAGUAGCGGACGAGGAGUGA